AUGGGCUGCUUGGAGAGCGAAUACAGAAGAGAGGAGAUUAUGGUUUACCAGUUUCGUGGAUACGUGACUCCAGUGCUGGUUCUCCUUGGAAUUGUUGGAAAUGUUCUGGUGCUUGCCACUUUCAUCGUCCUCCAGAACAAACAAAAAUCCCGAUUUAAUGUUCACAUUAUGUGGAUUGCCACUUUUGAGACAUUGGAUCUCAUCUUCGACGCACUACUGGAUGAUUUCCUUGGAAGGGGAAUACACUGGAUUAGUGAUUGUGUCAUUCAUAUAAAACUGGACACACUUUCAUCAUGGAGUUGUAAGCUCAUGAGCUACAGCACAUUAUUGACGAGCUUUUCUUCAAACACGCUGCUUGUGCUGUUCACUUUCGAUCGGUUUCUUACAACCUACAAUCCGAUUCGUUUUCGGGGGGACUUCUUCGUCGGGCGGCUCAGUUAUUUCUUAUCCGUCGUGAUCAUAUGUUUAUGUGUUUUAUUAUCCCCGCAGUUGGUACACGCUGACGUAGUUACGGAUGGAAAGACUCUUGAUCAAAGCUGCAUGUAUCCGAAUCCUCUGCACUGGGGCGUUCAGUUUAUAUUGUGGUUAAUGAACUGUGGAGCCUAUAUCAUACCGACAUGUCUCAUAAUUAUACUUAAUGCACUGAUUAUUGGGAAAUUUAAGAGCAAUCAGAGAAAUCGUCAUCGAAUGGGUGUGACAGUUAAUCAAACACAAAAUGAACUGCCCCGAAUCGUCGGGCAUUUGAUUUUGACUUCCGUGUUUUUACUGUUAACUCUCCCUCUGGUGAUUGUAAUCAUAUUGAGGCAGCGUGCCGACAGAGGUAACUAUGUAACAAAGUAUCCUGUCUUCGAAAAACAACUGAAAGAUUUAUCAAAACUGUUCAGUUCUUUUGAAUCAAUUAAUCGUGCAUCACUCUUUCCAAUUUGUUUGAUGUUCCUACCCAAUUUUCAACAGCGUGCCGACAGAGGUAACUAUGUAACAAAGUAUCCUGUCUUCGAAAAACAACUGAAAGAUUUAUCAAAACUGUUCAGUUCUUUUGAAUCAAUUAAUCGUGCAUCACUCUUUCCAAUUUGUUUGAUGUUCCUACCCAAUUUUCAACAGGUCUGGACUCGUUUAUUGUACCACCCACGAGAUUCCAUAUGA